AUGGACGAUGAAAUAAACAGUAAUACUACCUGUACAUUCUAUGAAGCAGUAUCCACUUCCAAUUACUCAGUUGACAAAAAUCAACAAUGUGAAGUGUCAAAGCUUGCUGGACCACCAACAGUAUCAACUUUACCAAGCAUACUUCGUCCACCAAAACGAUGGCAGAAAAAAGCCUAUUAUUCAUUGGAUUCUUCACAAAAACAGAUUUUGGAUGAUAUGAAAAUCAUUAAUGAUGAAGAUCUAUUGCAUAUGCCAACAAUUUGCUCGCUAUCAAUACAAAAAACAAAAGAAACAAGUAGUAAAUAUGAUAAACGAGCUAAUAAUUACCAAAAUAGCAGUGAAAAUAGUUCAAAGUCCAAACAAUAG